AUGGACCAAUCCAAGAAGGACACCAACCAGGACCUCAACCCCGAACCGAAAAACCUGGAGGACAUUCAAGCCUACCAGAGGAAAUGGGAUGAGCUCAUCAAAGACACCGAUAGGCAGAUUAAGCAGAUCCGAGAAAACGAACGCCAGGCGGCCCUGCAGCAGGCGCAGCAGCAGCAACAGCAACAGCAGAAGGGAUCUCGAUAG